AUGCGACCUUAUGGUGUAAGCACCAUGCUGUUUUCCAUGGAUGACGAGAAGGGCCCCUCGCUGUACCAGGUUGAUCCUGCUGGUCAAUACUUUGGGUACAAAGCCGCGGCAGCUGGUACGAAGGACCAGGAGGCGCAGAACGCUUUGGAGAAGAUAGUCAAGAAGAAAAUCCAGUUCACGGAAGCGGAGACCAUCCAGCAGGCCAUUGGAUGCCUCCAGGCAGUUAUGGGCAUGGAUUUCAAGGCCUCUGACAUCGAAGUCGGCGUGGUGUCUAAGUCCCGGAAAGGUUUCUUCCGGCUAUCGGAGGCCGAAAUUGACGGACACCUCACUGCGAUUGUGGAGAAAGACACCUGA